UUAAAGGUUGCAGCUUUCACAAACACAAACAGGUGCUGAGAGACAGGUAAAGCACAGCUCAAAUCAGUAAUCCGUUUCAAAAAGGCUGCAAUAUGACCUGCUUGCAUUGGGUAGCCUCUUUCUUUGCCCCGUGGUAUAUGUGACACCUAACUCCUCAUGAAUCAUUCAGCCUGGGAGAGAAAGUGCUUCCUAUUUCCCUGAGAACCAUCUCAGAGUAGUGUACUCAACACUGCAAGAAGAUGCACAAAACUAGGGAUUAUUGCUGGCCAGUCCUUCUCUGGUGGCUCUCUAGCCCAGCACUAAGGAUUGCUUUUGGACUGAAUGCAACACGAACGAAUCAGCGCCAGCCCCCUUGUCAGCCAGGCCACUACUGUCCAGAAGGCAGCGAAAUUGCAGUUCCAUGUCCCAGAGGCACGUUUGCACCAAGUUUUUGGGCCAGGGACAUCAAUGGUUGUAUUAGCUGCCCUCCACAUCACUAUGCUCCCACAGAGGGUCUGUCUGCCUGUCUGCCCUGUGGAUCCAGAGCUCGGCAGCCUCUACCCAGGCAGGAUAAAUGUAUAUGCCUAACAGAGGGCCAAGUCUUCCAAGCCAGCGAUGGGCAGUGCCACUGUGCUUUGGGGUACCGCUCUACACAAAGUGGGGAUGCCUGUGAGUUAAAGAUAUAUGAGAUCUGCAAAGAUGGACAAGCACGGGACCAGUAUGGCAAAUGUUUGGAUCGCAGGCAGUGGAAACACCUUUGUUCUAAUGAGGUGUGUGCGUCUCCACAGCUGUAUGAGGGUUAUGAUGCCUCCCUGGGUCUGUGUGUCUGCAAAAGUCUGACUGAUCCAGGAAGAAGUGAGUGCUCAGGAUGGUGUGGAGACAGGAUGAGACCUGUGUUGCAGCUGGUGUGCAGUUCUGCUGUCCUUCAGCUGCUUUACACUGAGGCAAAUAGACAGGUUAGUGCAUCAGGAAGUGCGCUUUUAUCUAUCCUCAAACAUUGGGAGUCCCGAGGAAGGCUGAGGUGUGAGCGGCAUCAUGGGUUCUCCAGGCCUGUGUACACAAUACAGACAAGGGAAAGUGGCUUCUAUGGGUUUCUCCGCACUAUCCCAGUAGGAGUACGGAUUUUGAUCUUGGAAGGUGGUCAAGUGAGCGAUAGUUUUGCUGAGAUCAUGAACAGAAACAGCAUAGGAAACCAUACCUACAUGGAUACAGAAUUCUAUUGGUCCAUGGGUUCUGCUUCAAGAGGAGCCAGCAAUAGUGAAGCCACUCAAGUGAUGAACCCGAUCGCAUGCUUGCAUCUGGAUGAUAUCCUUUUAUUCACUGUGACCAGACACCAUUAUCCGCAGUAUGAUGUUGAGAACUUAUUCAACACAAAUGCUGCUUUUGACUGGGGAGUCUUUAGAGUAUUGGAACAAGAGCUAGCAAUGGCACAAUCUGCAAACUCCCUCUUUUCCGUUAGCUUUAGUGAGCCUGGUGUGUAUGUCAUCAAACUGAGCAGCAAUCAACACAAGCAUGUGUAUGUAAAGGUUUUGCCUGCUGGAGGAGAUUGCUAUGACAUCGGACCGUUCUUUCCUACUGAUCCACAUCACAUGAUUCGGAUGGGCAUAACCCUCCAACGCCAGCUCCUGCUGCGACCCGACUGGUGGGUGAUUGGAGGUCUCUUAGCUGGAGCUACAGUUGUGCUCUGCUUGUGUCUUGCAGUACUGAUCUUGUUCAGAGAGCAUGGUUGGCCAGAGAAGCUGCCUUCUCAGGCCAGGUACCGGGAACUACAGCUCAAGUACAACAUGGAUGACUAUUCAUCAAAAGGUUCCAGGGUCAUAGCACUGAAAAAGAUGCACAGAAACUUAACGGUCGGGAUGAACGAGGAUCCAGUGCUGAGAGCUAUGGCUGUAACAUCAGACGAGUUCUGGGACUAUGAGAAUCAGGUGAACCUGGAGGCUUUCAGUUCCAGCACAUUCUAUGACAUCUUGCUUAAGCACAGUGUAUCUGUCACCACCCGGCUUGGGCAGUUCAAAGAAGAGGUGAAGCAGCUCUAUCAAGGGGUGCUGGAAAAGGUGCAGGGACUUCAACCUGGCCCAGGGGCUGUGGUGGUAGGGGGAAAGCUGGAGUGUUUGGAGAAACAAGUGGAGCAAGAGAUAGCACGCAGGAAAGUUCUGGGCACUCAGAUUUCCCAGCUGCUGGACAGCCAGCUUCAGAUCCUCCGGAAUGAGUCCCAGUCCCAGCAUGCCAUGCACAAGGCUUACUCAGCACUCCUCAGAGAAUGCUUUCGGUUGCUGAUGCUGGUUUCUGACAACCAGACCUCUCUCUGGAGCAAAUAUAUCCAGCAAUGUGUUAUGGAUAGAUUGCAUGUGCUGGCUGAGGAGAUGGCAGAGCUGGUCUCAAUGGAGGCGCAGAGGCAGGGUUGCUGGGGCAUGCUCAAACAGGGGACUGGAGCACGGCUACUAUGCCCCACUUCUGGAUCGGUCCUCACUAGGGAUGACAUUAUUGCACCUGAUGGGUCUGUCCAGGCAUGCGAUACAGUCCAUGUGGACUCCUGCACAGGCCUCAUCCAUCCAAUCCCGAAUGCCCACAUGCUCCUAGCUAGUGGCCACAGCAUGCCCGUGGCCUCUGACUUCUUUGUGCAUCCUCAGACUGGCCGGCUGCUCCCAGUGGCAGGGAAUGUAGGAUUUGACUCCUCCAGCUCCACCCUUGUAUGCACAGCCGAUGCUUGUGUGGGUGAGGUUGGAAAAUGGGAGUCUCCUGUGCUUCCCUUCAUUCCCUACCCUUCAUCUCGCCACUCUGAGCUGCUAGGGCCAUCCAAGUUGAGAAGCCUCCAAACAGGCCAGAAGCUUGUAUUUGGAGGACCCAUGUGUGACUUUGAAACUGGCGUACUUGUCCCGAUCCUGGCAGUCACCAUCCACCCCCAGACGGGGAUGGUGUACCCGGUAGGUGGUGCUCAUGUGUGCCCUGUGACGCGACUCCGGCAGCCCAUUCAGAUUGGUUGUCCAAUGCUGGAUCCUCGCACGGGCAAUGUGGUACUCAUAACAGGUGUUAGUCUGGACUCGCAUACAGGUGCAGUGCUUCCAGUAGGAGGUCUCCUGCUGGGCGAAACCUUCAUCGAGCCCCUGAGUGGCAGGCUGGUGCGUGUAGGUGGCGGCAGCCUCCGGGGAGGAAAAGUGGUGCCACAUGCAGGGGGUUUCCAGGCUCUACUGGACAGCCAAGCUCUUGGUGCGCGGGUGGGGGUGGUGGAGCUGAUACGGGCCUACUGUGACGGGUGGAAAUCUGGGAGUCUGGACCUCAACAAUGAGAUUAGCAGAGUGAAGACAGCUGCCUCAGAUUUGGAGCAAGCCUGGAGGAACAGUCAGGACUGCACGCUUCAGCUGCUAAGCUGUCUGGAGGCUCAGCAGGAGUGGGCCUGGCGGGUGGCUGAAGAUGGGGGCAGUCUAGGUGAGAUCAGUCUGCCUGGCAUUGAGCUGUCCCUGCCCGCUCUGCCAGGACUGGAAUAUCCGGACCCUGGAGGUUCUGGCUUAUCAGUCCCUGUUCUUGGUGUGCAGCUGGAUUGGAUGUCAGGGUGUAUGGUGCCUCUUGCUGGAACAAUGGAAGAUGCAGAUGGCAAGGGGCUGGUUCCGAUCCGCUUUGGGGCACAGACUAUAGACCCUGUGACAGGGGUGGUGGCUCCGGUGGUAGGAGCUCGGCUAGACUUCUGGAAGAGGACUGUAGUCCCAGUGACCGUCUCUCAGUGCCUGACCAUAAGAGAAGCUCCAGACAUUGUGCUGGCGGAGGCCUUACAGAAGGAGUGCAGCAUGAGGGCCCAGUUCUGGAGACAGCAGAGAGUAAAGGAAGAAGAACUAGUGGCGGAUUUAGACAGAGCUCUGAGGGACUGCCUUUACACAGCAUUACAGGAAGAGCCAGAUCAUCUUGUGUGGACAGACACAGAUAAGCAAAUAAGGGAGACAGCAGCAGAACUUCAGGAGGAAGACUAUAAAGAGGCUCAAAGAAGAAAUGCUGUGAACUCGGAGCUGUCUCUCCUGCUGCCUGGACACAUCCUACUCACUCUUACUGGAGGUGAUGAAGAAGAGUGGAAGCAGCAGCGUCACUGGCAUGCUGAACUGACUGCAGUGUUGAAUAGAGUGAGUGUGUUUAUGGCAAGGCAGCAGUGGGAGCAAGGUCGGUCCACACCUCUGGGUGAUGAGCAAGCGGAUGAAAAGACAUGGCAGAAGGAGCUGUGGGAGCAAUUAAAUCAGAGAUACACCGAGCUGGACGUUGCUCUUUCUUCACUACACUGCACCUGCAAGAUCAGCCAGCUCCGUGCUGCUACUGCAGAGGCCAUAUUAUCAGGCUCAUUCUCGUAUAGGGAUUAUUGUAUGGUGCAGCCCAGAGGCAGAAAAAACCCUCUGAAAGCAAUGGCCCUGACUCAGCACAAAAUCCUCUCUCAGUUAGAGCGCCUCAUUCAGCUGCUGGAGGAUGGCAAACUUUCCAGUCUCUUCAUCAGAGGCCAGAGCCAGCAGAGCUCUGACCUGCCAGUGAAGCAAGCGUUUGACAGGGACACAGGCUCUAGAGCAUGGACUGUGUCGGUCCCUGUAGCUAAAGAUGCCAAUCAGUCUUGCUGUGCAGCAGUUUCCACUCAACCCCUGAAAGAUCAUGAAAAGGCUUCAUCUGUGAGCGAGCUAAAUGGCUUGAAGGGUGUAUUGUCCAGUACAUCUCCUUCACACAGAGAACAGGAUGUAAGCCCUGCUCAAAGCCAGGAUCUCAAGGAGACGACAUUUCCCGUGCACAUGACAGUCCCCAAACUGUCAGGUGAGGACUGGGCCAGUUUGCUGGAGCUCUCGCCACUCUUCCGGCUUAUCCAAGAUGUGGAACAGCGGCUCAGAGACCAAGCAAAGAACGCCGGCCUGCUUAGCGGUGAGCACGCAGGCUCAGGGUGCACCUUUAUCGAUUUCUUGGAUGCGCAGUGGGAUUGUGAGGGAGAGCUCGUCAAAGUCGGUGCUGACACUCUCAAUCCCCGCGAGUUUCUCAUCUACCAGCACGGCCAGCUUCUUCUCAAACUGCUACACACACACAGAGUGGCACCAGCAGUGAAAUUACACCUCGCCUCAAGACUUCCUACAAAUAACUACUGCUGCAAUUCCUUCCGUAAUUCCUUUUAUUACCAGGAGACGGAUAACAUUCUGUACGUGCGACAGCAGAGACUGCAGUCUGUAGGAGGUUUCUCUCUGCUGCUUAUACACUGUGCUGCUCACAUAUCCACUGGACAACUUACUGUUGACACAACUGUUGCCUUCCAAAGGGCUUUCUUUAAGGUCCUGCAAGUGUGUCUAAGUGAGUUGUUCCAUGCCAGAUUAGAGCCUGAUUCAGCUGAAGGAAAGAAGCAAAGCACUGACUCAACCCUUAAUAGCCUUGUGUCCGAGAGAGUGCAGAAAUGCGACCCAGGGACUUUGUCUGAGAACCUGAAUGAGGUGGCCAGGCUGCUAGAGAAGCACAAAGAAAGUUCAGUGUUCAGGAAAGUAGAAAGCCUGCUGAGAGAUAAGAACCUGGAGGUCAGCCCAAGUGACAGUGAGCCGCCAAUUAAACAUGGAGCAGAAGGCCAGGACGUUGCGCCAGAGUGAAGUGAUGAAUCGGUCUUGAAAUACGAGCACUGCUGCCUUUCACUGAAUAUGACAAGACCAACUAUCUCAUCCAAACUACUGUAAGCUGCUCCGUGGGAGACAGAUGGCAGCGUAGACGAUGGCUUUGCUUUGGAUUGAGGACGUUCGAGUAACUACAAAAAGAAGCACAUGGAACACACAUUAAACAACAUUAAGCAAAAAGGAAAAAUCCAAAUGAUGACAAACAAUAAUAAGGACAUGAAUGUAAUGCAAAUCAGUGUACAUUAUAACGUUAAGAUAAUUAUUCUGAGGUGGAUGGAAAACUACUAAAAUGCAAGAUCGUGUAGUCAGUUAUUAAACUAAGUAACAGUGAUUGGUAUACGUUUAAAAACGCUUGAAUAUCAAAUGUGCAAAUUAUGAAAGCUUUCAAUAUUUCAUAAAGCAAGGUCCUAUUUCAAAUGAGGUCAUUACAGGAAAAAAAAAAAAAAAAAAAAAAAAAU